AUGUCCGAGGCUAAUACCGCUCUUGUACAGAAUGAGUCGAGCUCUGCCGCAUUGGCACAUGACGGCACAAUCGAGCAAGUGCAACUGCAGUUCCCGCAGGCUGGCCGCUACAAACAGAUUGCGGCCACCAUUCAGCUCUCCACAGUCACGCUGACAGCCAGCGUGAUAAAUGGCCUGAUCAUAGUUGGUCUUCCGACCAUAACCAAGGAUCUGCAGCUUCCAGCUUCCUUGUCCCUCUGGCCGUCAUCGGUGGCGAGUCUUGCUACUGCCACAACACUUCUUUUAGCUGGUUCCAUCGCUGAUACUAUCGGUCCACGGUGGGUCGAACUUGUUGGAUCGUUUGCUAGCGGCGCAUUGAUGGUCGGCCAAGGACUGGCGCGGAAUGGCGAGGAGUUGGUGACUCUUAGAGCUUUGCAAGGAGUUGGACUAGCUAUGCAUCUAGCCUCCUCGAUAUCUCUUCUGGGACAACUGCUGUCUCCGGGGAAGAGCCGUAAUCUGGCCUUCUCGUGCCUCGGACUCAGCUUGCCCCUUGGCUUUUCGCUCGGGCUGGUUGUUGGAGGACUCAUGAUUGAUAGGAUUGGCUGGCGACUAGGCUGGUACAUAUCCGGAGGCAUGACUCUCUUCGUGUCUGUCAUAGGCCUCUGGGCGUUACCAUCAAAUACUACCACUAGAGAUGUGCACUAUUUUCGCGCACUUGCAACAAGGGUGGACUGGGUGGGAGCUGCUCUCGGCUCUGCAUUCUUGGCGCUACUCUGUUAUCUCCUCGCGAUACUGAGCGUAACGCCAUCGCGCUUCAAGUCCGCCCAAUGUAUUAUAAUUGUAUGUCUGAUUGCUCUUGCCCUACCGGCAUUCAUUUUCUGGUCCCAUUACCAGGUCAAAGUUGGAAGACCGGCCCUUAUUCCCAAUAUCGUGUGGAAGAAGAGAUCAUUUUCCAGUGUAUGCGCUCUAGUGGCGCUAUCAAACGGAGUGCUGAAUGCCAUGGAGCUUUUCACCAGUCUGUAUUUCCAGGAGAUUCAAGGUCUGUCAGCCAUACAAGCUUCCAUUCGAAUCCUGCCUAGUCUUGUCUCCGGUAUCUUCAUGAACCUGAUAGUAGGCCUCUUUGUGCACCGAGUGCCCGCAUUCUGGAUUGUUACGGCGGCCACAAUUGUUUGUGCUGUGUCGCCUCUGCUUAUGGCUCUCGUUCAGCCUUCUACACCAUACUGGGGCAAUGCUUUCUUCGCCCAAGUCCUGCAGCCUGUCAGCUUCGGUGCGCUCUACACGGUCGGACUCAUAAUAGUCACGGAUUGUUUUGCCGAAGACAUGCAAGCCUUGGCUGGCGCCGUGUUUAACACCGCCUCACAGUUUGGUAACGCUAUUGGAUUAGCUGUGCUUCAGGUGAUUUCGAAUGUUGUCUCCAAACAUUCGGAUGAUCAGGAAAAUCCAGCCUUGAUGGACGGGUAUCGCGCCAGCUUCUGGACAAUGUUCGGAUCGAUGAUUCUCUGCACUGUUCUUGGUUUUUGGGGCCUGUACAAGGCUGGCAAGGUCGGUCUGAAACGGGAUUAA